AUGGGGGGCAGGCAGUCAAGCACCAACUCCAAAGGCAGGGACCCCAAGGGGCUGCUGCUGCUGGGAAGGAGGCGGAAGUUCUCCGUGUGGGAAGAUGUCCUCCUUUCCGGAAAGGACCCACGCUGCCUGCUGAAGCGGGGCAUGUGCCACGUCAGCUUCAGCUUGGUCACCAAGGGAAUGACGGAUGUCCCCGACUUCCUGUGGGGCCUCUCUGAGGUCCAGAAACUCAACCUGUCUCACAACCAGCUCAUGAUCCUGCCCCCCGAGGUGGGGAGGCUGACCCACCUCGUGGUUCUCAACCUGUGCGGGAACCGCCUCAAGAGUCUGCCCCGAGAGGUGGGCCUGCUCAAAAGCUUGAAGGUCCUAUUUGUCAACAUGAACUGCCUGACGGAGAUGCCAGCCGAGCUGAGCCUCUGCUCCAGCCUCCGGGUCCUGAGCCUGUCUCACAACUGCCUCUCCCAGCUUCCAGCCAGCUUUGCCGACCUCUCCAGGCUGAGGAAGCUCAACCUCAGCAACAACUACUUUGCUCAAAUCCCCGUUUGUGUAUUUUCCUUGAAGGAGCUGGAUUUCUUGCAUGUGGGCUCAAAUCGACUGGAGAACAUCGCCGAGAGCAUCCAGUGCCUCGUAAAUCUGCAGAUUUUCAUCGCGGAGAAUAACAACAUCCAUUCCUUCCCAAGGUCGCUCUGCUCGGUCACCAGCCUGGAGCUGCUCAACUUAAACAACAAUGACAUCCAGACUCUUCCGCACGAACUCUACCUGCUCUGCAGGCUGGCAAAGAUCGCCUGGAACCCCAUGGACAAGGGGCUGCACAUUUCCCGUAAUCCUUUAUCCAAGCCUCUGCCAGAGUUGGUGGAGGGGGGCCUGGAGACGCUCUACAUCUACCUCAAGGAGAAAAAGCACAACUGA